UUGUAGUUACAACAAUUUUUAUAUUUUUGGGGGAAAGUUACAACAAUGUUGUCCUCCAAAUUAUAUAGACACAGAAUGCAAAGUUUCUAUCUCAACUCCUAAACGUACUUUAUCAAACUACAGGUUUGUACAAUAUAUUCGAUACAAACUAAGACGGAACUUGAGAAUAAAUUGUCAAACUUGAGUUUAUCAUUUUCCUUUGCUUAGCGGCAUUGGGCAACAAGCCAACAAGACCUAGAAGAGUCUCGCUGGUUCGGACGAUCUAUCUCGCGGCUUCUGUUUUUCUGGAGACUGUUUACCUUUCCGCAGAAGCAGAACGCAGAAUGUGGCGGACAGCGGCAGGCGGCAUCCCGAAUGCCCAGCCCACGCGUGCAGAUGGGCACGGCCUCUCAGGUGAGGUGCCUUCGUGUCUCCUCCACGGCAUACCCUAUGCUAAGCACGUGUCAGCAUGCCUCCACACGUGUCACCCUGUCAGAUUCCGUCUGCCGCGUCAACCUCGAACCGAUCCGAAACGAGCCGCUUAUCUGCGACAAUUUAAGCGUGCGCCGCAGUGGUCGUCUCCCGAUCAAGAAGAACAGGCACAGCCACUCACAGUCGAUCACUGCUACACCAUUGAUCAUAUACUCUGGUAACCAACCAGCAGCUCGAGCUUUCCAGGCUCCACGCCCCUCGCCUGCAACAAUGGCGUCGCAGCAGCAGAGCCGCAAGGAUGCCACGUCGAAGCAAGAGCAGCAGGAAGGCCGCGGCCAAGCGGCUGCCAGCUUGGGGGAGAUCGGGAAGUUCCGCGCCGAGGCGCAGCAGAACUCGGCGGACUCCAUCCGCGCCGCGCAGGAGCGGUACGGCAAGGCUAACCAGGCGGCGCACGGGGAGCAGGGAGCCAAGGGGACGCCCGCGGCGGCGGUGACCGUGACCCAAGCGCCCGGCGCCACGGUGAUCGCGGUUCAGGAGACGAGCCCGGGUGCCGCUGCGCAGCACGGGCACGGCAACAAGGCUGCUGCUGCUGCGGCUGGUCAGCAUCAGCACGCGCCGGCAGGCGCCACGAUGGCUUCGUCUCGUGGCGCCGCAGCCGGUGGUGGUGGUGGUGGUGAGAAGCAGCACGCCACGAAGCUGCAGGAGGAGAGCCGCCGCCAAGGCCAUGAGGAGAUCGCGAGGCGCCACGGCGAGGAGAAGAAGGAUUAUUCGGCAUCUCGGGGUGCUGAUCAGAAGCAGCAGCACGGCACGAAGCAGGAGAGCCACCAGCACCAAGGACGUGGCCACGGGGAGACAGGGAGGCACGGCCACGGGGAGACAGGGAGGCACGGCCACGGCGUCGGCGAGGAGCACAAGGCCGCCCGCGCCGCUGAGGGCGGCCUGCACGACAAGGCAAGCAAAGACACGACAUCCGGGCGCGGCGCGAAGGACGCGCUCGGCUCCGCCGGAGACUACGCCGCGGCCAAGGGUGCCGGAGCCAAGGACACGGCCGCGCACGGCGCCCAGGCCACGGCGGACACCACCAAGGAGGCCACGGCAACAGCUGCGGACUACGCCAAACAAGCCGCAACGAAGGCGAAAGAGGUCACGCUCACCGCGGGCGAGACGGCUGCGGAGUACGCCAAGACGGCGGCCGAGAAGGCCAAGGAAGCCGCGCUGGCGGCCGGCAAGACGACGGCCGAGUACACGCAGCAGGCGGCGGUGAAAGGCAAGGACGUGACCGUGAGCACGGGCCAGACGGCCGCGGAGUACACCAAGACGGCGGCCGAGAAAGCCAAGGAAGCCGCGCUGGCGGCGGGCAGGACGACGGCCGGGUACACGCAGCAGGCGGCGGUGAAGGCCAAGGACGCGACGCUGUCCACGAGCGCGCAGGUGGCGCAGAAGACCAAGGAGGUCACGGCGGACACCGCGCAGAAGGUGUCGGAGUACGCCAGGGAGAAGGCCGAGCAAGGGCGGGCCGCGGCGGCCCAGGCCGAGGAGAAGGCCAAGGAGGCCAAGGCCCGCGCCGCCGACCAGGCGGAGGAGCCCAAAGGCUACGACGACAGGAGCAACGCGCAGGGCGGCAUGAAGGGCUCGGCUGCACAGACGGCGGACAAGACCAAGGACGCAGCCGGGGACAUGGGGAACAAGGCCGGCGGCAUGGCUUCCCAGGCCGUGGACAAGGCGAAGGACGCCACGGGGGCCGUGGCGCAGAAGGCCAGUGACACGGCUGCGUACAUCAGGGACACGGCCAUGGAAGCGACGGGAGGCGUCGUGCAGAAGUCCAAGGAGGUCGCCUCGCAGACGCAGCAGAAGGCAGGGGAAGCGAAGAACAGGGUGGCGGACUCCGGCAAGAAUACCACUGGCGGCGGCGGCGGCGGCACGAGGGCGAUGGCUAAGGGUGAAGGAGCCGAAGGAGAAGAGGACACGACGAUAGUGGGCGACGUCCUGGAGGCGGUGGGCGCGACCGUGUAUGGGAUAGCGCAGCACACCAAGGGGAUCGUCGCCGGCGAAGAGGAGCUCAUCCCCGGCCAAGGAGAGGCGGCGGAGAAGGUGGUCGGAGGAGCGAAGGAAGGCAGGGAGUACAAGCCUGAGUGAGCGGGCUGGUCUGACACGUUGCAAGUCUCCGAGCGUUGGGGAGUUUUGGGUGGUCCUGCAUUUCGAUCCUUUGCUUUAGCUAGACACGUUAUAAAGGUGUCCUACUUAAGUACCCAUGGAGUGUUUUCAGAUCGCUAGAAUAAUAAUGUCCGUGUAUGAUGUUUCUCUAUGUACCUAAAGACUAGGUUGUGGUGCCUGAUGAUGAAGGUACGUGCUAGGAAUGAGAUGGUGGUGUACAUACUAAAGUUGUGCUAUGUGUUUGUGUUUAGCUCUGUCGAAUAAUGUUUGUACAUGAUCUUUCUGCCAGUGAUGAAACUGUGCUGUGAUGUGAAACUGUGCUGUGAUGUUUCAAAAUAUUACAUAUAUG